GUGCCUGGCAUAUUAGAGGUGGGGAGACCCACUUGGAGUUUGUGGAAGGGCCGGGAUGGAGGCACCUAAAAGACAUUGGAACAGCGACUAGAUAAAACCUGGUGGUGGACGUCAGAGGUGAGGAAGACGGCCUGGAGAGUUAGAAGUUAGGGUGAGAAGCUGGAGGAUGCUGAUGGAAGUGGAGGUUGGGAGGGGAGUCUAGUUUGAGGAGAAAAAAGUGCCCCCUGCACUUGGCCCAGUAAACAGCUCAUCAUUCCUGGGUCUUCUCACUUGGGGGCCUGCCUCUGGGAAAAGAGGUGUCAGAUGGAGUUAUUCAGUGAACGCAAGGAGGAUUCGCUCAUGUAAAUAUCAAUGUAAAGAUGAUACUUUCCUUCCAAAAACCUUGUCCUGAGAGAUUGUACAUCCCUCCUGUAGAUGGGCCCCCUUUAUAUUCGUGGACCUUCGUUCAGAUUGGUGUGGAGCCCGUUUCAGAAAGCCACACCCUCUGCUUCCCUCUGGGACCUGUUCUUUCAGAGUCCUCCCCCACGAGCCUAACUGGGUGCCUGGCAGGGUUGUCAGGCAGCAUUUUACAACAAUAAGUUUUGUAAAGGUGUGAGAAUGUAUGAAUUGAUGCUACCUAGCGCUUGCUUGGUGGUUUUCCUAGCACCUCCAGAAGGUUUCAUGUUUAUUUCUUGUUAAGUCCUCAUAACCAGCCCAUGAGGUUGGUAGAGAUAGUCCCAUUCUACCAAUCAGAAGCAGAAUUAGGAGGCUGAAUAACUUGCCCAAGGUCACGUAUCUAGUAAAAGGUCAAGCUGGGGUUUGAAUCCAGAAUAUUGGACUCUCAAGCCCUGAACUCUUUCCACUGCUUUUCACACUGUCUUAACUGUUCAGCAUUGGGGGCUAUGGAGGGAGCUCUGACUCCCAACCCCAGAAAUUCCUUAGAAAGAAUGAAAACUAAAGAAGUCUCCCUCCUGGAGCAUACACACCAACUUUUCAGAUUGUUGCGGCAGGUUAAUUCGACGGUGCUUUGGGCCAGGUGAGAAGCGCAUGCUGGUUGGUUUGCUUUUAUCAACUCCUGUGGGAAGUUAGGUGACUGAAGGCCUGGUUACUUGAUCGCGUGGCUGGAAUCAUCCUGGGAAAAGAAAAAUAGAUCAGGUCAACACGUAUUUCCUCAUUACGCAGCAGGCUUAGAAAGGGUUCUGAGGCAACCACAGGUGUUUCUGACGAGAGGGGUGGGAUGGGGCCAGUUCCCUAUAACAUGUGCAGAUUGAACUGUGCAGGUUGCUAUGGUAACAGCUUCUUAUGCUACCAUAGGGAGACGUGGGAAACUUACAAGAAACCAAAGGCCUUUGCAACUCUCCUUGCAGUGUGAUUUCAGGCUUGAAGUAGCCGGCAAGGAGAGGUUGGCUGGUAACUGAGAGGAAGGGAGUAAUUGGAGCCAGUGCUUUAGCUCCUGGUGGAGUCAGGAAAAUGGAAGCGCCUGGCUCAGUCACAGUUCUGUGUCAUGGUUCAGAGGUAGCGGUCAUUUUGCUUGACUCAAUAUUGAGCCCCGGGGGUGUCAGGAGUCGCCUCUAAUCAUCGGAUUGCCCCCCCUCCAGGAGGCAGAAUAAUUAAUACUUGUUUAGGGCGCAGGAGCUUGCAAAGCUCUCUCAGGGCCGUUUGCUCGUCCCAGGCACACACGCGAUCCCCAAGGUGGGAUUAUCAUCAUGGUGCCCAUUUUCCCGAUGAGGAAACUGAAGUUAAGGGACUUGAUCAAGGUCACACAGCUAAAAAGCUGAGGAGCCAAAACGCAAACCCAGGGCGUCAGUCCUCAAAUUCUGUGCGUUUCUACUCUGCACCCAGCCAGGAGAGAGCUGGCACUAAUUGUUUAGGCAGAAUCAAGGGACAAGGGGCGCUGCAAGGCAUCUCUAGGACUGGCACACCUUAACUCUGAUCUGAGCACCCUCACACUUAGAAAAUGCUGCGUUUUGCUUUCAGUCUUUACUUUCUUUCUUUUUUUUUCUUUCUGAGUUUAUCCUUGCAUAGGAUCUGAUAUCAGUUGAAACUAUUUGUUGUUGAGCUGAACAGUCCGGGAUAGAUCCCUGUUGAGCAAGAGCCGUCAGUACCUUGCUUUCUUUUCCACCUGUUGAGGUCAGAUCUGGGGGGCUAUCCUGAGGUGAGCGCUCGCCAGCAUCCUCUCCCCACCGGGACAUUGUGCAGCCUCCCCCUCGGGGAGUGGUGAGGAAUGGCACGGCUCUGGCCUGGAUCCACUAGGGGUAGUGUAGUCGCCUCUGGGCCUCACUAUCUUCCACUAGAUCGUGUUCGCCGUGUCCGAGGUAUGUGGAGCUCGAUUUCGUCAAGAUAGGGUAGUGGAAAGAAGUCGAGGCCAAGAGACGCGAGCAGCAGGGGCCGGUGGCUGGAGACUUCGCGUCCCCUCCCAGCGGCGUGUGGCUUCCCAAGGCCCAGGGGCUGCACCUGGAAGCUGCCUCCUUGGUUCUGGCUGGCGCUGCUCUAGCUAUGUCAGGCCCUGCACAGUGCUCUGUGACAGAAGGUGGGCUCCAGGACACCUGCGAAAUGUCUGUCACCUCCCCCCACCCCUCCUGUAGAAUCUCUCCUCCUCGCAUGUGUCUCUCAUGGAGGGUAUGGUGUUGAUUUCAGGUGACAAACCACAGCCCACCCUGUGUUUGUUACAACUUUGAAUUGGUGACUGAAAUUUAAAGGUGGGGCGAUGUCGCAGUGAUCUGGAUUUCUAGCCUCCCUUGGAGACCCGGCAGGUCUGGCAACGCUGGACCCCCCCUCCUACCUGCAGGAGGUGCCCGUGCUUUCAGGAGACACGGUGUCUGACAUGCCUCCCUGGCCUGUGUGGGCAUCUGGGUUUGUGACCUCUGUGGAGGUGAAAGCUGCAGAGGAGACAAAAGAAAGGUAGGAAGGAAGGAAGAAAAGAAAGAAGAAGAGAAAGAAGGAAAGAAAGAAGGAAAGGAAAAGAAAAAGAAAUGGGAAGGAAAUCUCAAAAAGAGGGGAUAUGUGUCUACGUAUAACUGAUUCGCUUUGCUGUACAGCAGAAACUAACAACAUUGUAAAGCAACUAUACGCCAGUAAAAAUUAAUAAAUAAAAAAAAAGAAAAGCAAGUUUUUUUCCCAGGGGUUGUUAGGAAACGGUGAUGCAUUUUCUCUUCUUGGUGGAGGGAAUGCAGAUUAACACCUGCUCGUUUCCCACCUCGUCCCGGUCUCAUCUCCUUAGAGUGGGUGGUGUCGCCCCGCAAAGAGCUGUCGUCGCUAUACCUGUGCAUGCCGUGCAGCUGCCUCCCCUUCUCAGCUGUCCUCACCCCGUCUCCGGCCUUGAGCAUCUGCAGUAGCUCCCACGACGGCCCGGCUGUCACCUGCCCCCGACCUUCUGAUUCCUGUCCCAGCACGAAUGGCUCCAGCGAUGAGGACCUGUGGGCUUCUCACGCCCCCAGCCCUCCGAGCUGACCCCCUUCCCACUUCUCACUCUGCUCUCACCUGGAUUCACCAUGAUUUGUUGUGAAGUGUUUCAUUUUUUGAAACCAAACUGAGUUCCUAGAGAGCUAGCAUCAGUUUUUACAUAAGACUGUGUCUGGCACAUAGUCAGAAGUCAGUAAAUAUUUAUUUCCAUCCCUCUGCUCCUAUUUACCCUUCCUCCCUUUAUCUGGGGCCUUGUCCUGUUCUUGGUAUAUAGUAAUUGCUCAUUAAAUGUUCAUUCAGUGAAGCAGGAAGAAAUGAAUGAAGGCUGAAACAGUAGAAGCAGCCCUGUCCUCAAGUCCCUGUGUCUUGCCCACCAACUGACUGCCUCGUUCUCUCCCUGCCUCUGGCUGUUUUUCUGUAAGCAUUUCCCUGCGCUGUCUGUGUGCCGGUCUCUGCCGGGCCCUGGAAAUACAAAGGUGAACGAGAAUUCUCCUUGCCUUCAAGGGGCUUGCCUCUCCUCACUUCAACUCUUCUCCCCUGGGACAGACCUCGGGUACCACCCGAGAAGUACCCAUCAUCCUCCUGGGCACCGUGGUAACUGGGAGGGGAUCUAGCUCAGGGCCUGAGUGCCCAGGGCUGAGGUCGUUGGACUUGUCAGGCCUCCAGAAACAAAAGUGUAUGGACUCUGCGUCCCUAAAUAGCUUCGCAGUAACCCCCCAGUUCUCUAUACUUGGUGGCAUCCCUGGUGGUCGUGGCCACUUUUAGAAGCUCUGGUUUGGAUUUUUUCUGCCACCUUGGAUGAUCCAGAAGCAGAACACUGAUGGCAACAGAUGCCCAGACUUUGGGGGCACCUCCUUUAUGGGCCUUGGGCAGAAUAUUGUCCUGUUCUCACCGCCCCCAGCCCCCCAACCUGUUUUUCAAAUUAUGAGAAGUGCUUGUUGCUGUCAGCCUCGGGCCUCAUCCUUGGGUGACGCAGGAUCAGGCGAUGUCUGUGAACUUCUGAAAGAAAGGCACCGAUAACGUCCAGGGGUGGACAGUGCUGUGAUAAAUCUUGUAAGAUGGAACUUGCCCGCUCCUCGGGCCUGAGAUGUUGUCAGCGGGCACAGAUGUGAGCCACCUCCACCCGGGAGGCAGGCGCCGAGGAGGGCCCAGGCGAUCCGUGACUUGCACGGGUUUGUAAUCUCUGCAUCUUGGAUGACCUUAUAACGAAAUUCUACCCUCAUCGCUCCCCUGUGUCGUUUGUGAAAUCAAAAUACCGGAGAUGGGAAGGGACGCUGGCCUCCGGUCGUUCGACCCCAGCAGUUUGUAGGACCUUGGGCAAUACAGCCGUUUAUAGGACCUUGGGCAAUACCCUUACUGUUUCUCUCUGGCUUUCAUUUCAUCGCUGAAGUAGGGGUGAUUAUGCCCUGUGUUCACUUUACUUACUAGGCUGAUUAUAUAAAUUAAUGGGAGAGUUUGCAAAGAGGGCUUUGAGCUGUGGGACCAUCAGGGUCCCAUUUGACAAGUAAGGAAAAUUGAGUGGGGCCCAUUUGGGUGCGGGAUCCUGAGCACACCUAUUCCAGAAGAAAUGGGGACGGGUGGCUCUUCCACAUGCCAGCAGCCUCUUGUGGAGCGGUGUGAGUGGAGGUGGCUGGGUGGGCAGAGCCUGGCGGAAGGAGCAGUGGCCGGGUCAGGGCUCCUAGCUCUGGUGUUCCCUCUCUUGUCUCCAUAGGCAAGUUACAUGCCACUCUACCUUAAUUUCACCAACUGUGAAAUGGGCAUCGUAGAAUUGAGAGGGAUGUUGAGUUAGAAACCAGAAAAGGUGGAAUAAGAAGAAAAGCACUACAGCCCACAGCCCACUAUGGCCGAGUACAUUUCACCUGAAAACUCGCUAUAUGGAAAGAGGUCCGCUUCCAGUAGUAUCGAGGACUUCGGAAUAUGCAGGCUGACCUCGAGAGUUCAUUCUAAUGACCUGCAUGAAAUGAAGGUAUUUCAUACCUGAAGUUCUUGAGGCAUUUCAAACAUGCAUGGCCUGCUUUGAAGUCUGCAAUGAAAGGGAAUUGACACAGGAGAGAGGCUUUUUAUGACCACAGGGCUGAGAUGGUCUUUCUUCUUUCUGUAUUUGAGAGUAGCGCUCUUUCCCAAUCAGGGAAUGGCAGAGAUAGUCAUCCCCGAAGGGUGAGGAAUGCCAGGUUCAAGGCUUUGGCGCAUACCAGCAGAAUGGAAUCCUCUUCCCUGGCCAGGGGGCCUGAUCCAGGGAGAUCGUGGUCUAAUUAGGGGAGCUGUGGGUUUCAUUCCUUGCCCUUUUGGGGUGAGUUCUUGCUGUCUAAAAGACACAUGAUUGUCCAGAUCACCAGGUAGAUAGAUGUUUCAGGGAUUUUUGCCGCGAGGAGUUUAUUUUUUUCUAAGCAACAGUUUGUUUCUUUUCUUUCUUUUUUAAAAAAAAAUAUUUAUGUAUUUAUUUAUUUUUUGGCUGUGUCUGGUCUUCGUUGCGGCUUGUGGGAUCUUUCAUUGUGGUGCACGGGCUUAGUUGCCCCGCAGCAUGUGGGAUCUUAGUUUCCGGACCAGGGAUCAAACUGUCAUCCCCUGCAUUGCAAGACCGAUUCUUAACCACUGGACCACCAGGGAAGUCCCACCACGAGAAGUUUAAAGCCAUCAAACAGAACCAGGUGUGGGGCUUCAGCUGGCAGAGGAACGUUAUCAUUUGGGCCGGUGGUUGGAGGGGAAGGCAUCUCAGGGGGCCGUGUGUAGUGGUACAGGGGGUCACACACUUCAGGACACCCUGGAAUCACCUGGGGUGCUCCCUUGCUUAUUUAUUUCUUGAUUGGCCACCAUUCUUUAUUGAACACAGGAAAGUCUCCUUUCUUGCUAAAUAUCUACAGUGACUUAUUACCAGACUUUGAUGAGUUACAUCCUUGCCUCUGCUCCUGUCCUUGUGGAAGCAGCAGCCUCACACAGGUUUCAGCAACAUCAGGGACUUUGUGUGACCUGGGACUCUCAGGCCCAGGGGGAAGGCUGGGCGGCUUUGUCUUCUCAGACUCACCUGCGGACGCCCACGUGCACUACAAGUUCAAGAAGGAUGGACGUGCACACGGGACACAUAGAGGCAUCAGUACUACCCUUUGGUCAGCCCCAUUAGUACAACAAUUCAGUAUGUUGUAAAAUACUUGAAAGUUUUAUAAAGAUUUUUUUUUGGUGACUUUAAUCAAAACAUUUCCCUUUUGCGGGGGCGGGGGGGAAGUGGCUAGUGAAGGCAAGCCCGUCUGGAAGCCAGGCCCCUCGGGGCUGCAGGGUGGGUCCUACAUCAGCACCUCCUGUGCAGUCAGAUGAGCUCCCUGGGCCUUCUGGGCUGAGAGGCCCAGCGUAGACCCCCUCGGCCUCUCCCUGCCUCGGCCUCUCCCUGCCACGGCCGGCGUGCAGCGCGGCUCUCCUGGUCUGCUCGGAGCCUGACGUGGCGGGUGUGCUCGUCGUACGGAUCUCCCUGUGCAGGGGGCAGAGCUUGGGCUGUCCUCUCCAGACCGUAGCCCCCACGUUCUGCUGGUCAGUCUGGACACUGUGGUGGCCUCACGUGGUGGCGCUCAAUGUCAGGCCGUAGGCAUCUGAACGGUAGUGCAUGUGGGGUCCUGGCGGAGACUUGGUAGAAACGGCACAGGGGGAUUGAGCCCCCGAUUCUCAUCCUGCCUCUGCAGGGACUCGUUGACAAAUCCCUUCCUCUCUGGGGUCUCUGCUUUUCCUCUGUCAGAUGAGGCUACACCCGCCUGAGUGCCCUCAGAGAGGAAGGGGCAAGAGGACAACAGAUGCUAAGCUAGCUGGACACAGGUAGCUCAGUAAAAAGGAAAACUUCAUUAAAAAUUAAAUUAGUUAAAUUAUUAUGCGGAGUGAAAUAAGUCAGGCAGAGAAAGACAAAUACUGUAUGAUUUCACUUAUGUGUGGAAUCUAAAAAACAAAUGAACAGGCAUAGCAAAACAUAAACAGAGACAUAGAUACGGAGAACAAACAGGUGGUUACCAGAGGCGGGGAUGUGUUGUGGGGAGGAGAGAAAUAGGUGAGGGAGACUAAGAGGUACAGACUUGCAGUUGCAAAAUAAAUGAGUCAACGAGUAUCAGAUGUACAGUGUGGGGAAUAUAGUCAAUAACUAAGUAAUAUCUUUGUAUGGUGACUGAGUGUAACUAGACUUACCCUGUUGAUCUUUUUGAAAUGCACGGAAAUGAAUUACUGUGUUGUGUAAUAGGACUAACAGUGUUGUAGGUCAGUUAUAUUCAAAAACAAACAAACAUACAAAUAAACUCAUAGAAAAAGAGAUUCGUGGUUACUAGAGGCAGGGGGUGGGGGAGGGGGAAUUGAAUGAAGGCAGACACAAAGCACAGACUUCCCAUUGUAAGAUAAGUAAGUACUAGGGAUGAUAAAUAGAUCAUGAUAAAUAUAAUUUAUAACAAUUUUAUAGAUUUUCACUUAUAAAAAUGUAAUUUAUAAUAGAGGCAACAUAAGUAUAAUUAGCACUGUAUGUUAUAUAUGAAAGUUGUUGAGAGAAAAUCCUAAGAGUUCUCAUCACACACACAAAUUUUUUUCCUAUUUUUAAAAUUUUAUAUCUGUAGGAGGUAAUGGAUGGUCAUCGUUUCAUGAUGUAUGCAAGUCAAAUCAUUAUGCUGUACACCUUAAACUCAUACAGUGCCGUGUGUCAAUUAUAUCUCAAUAAAACUGGAAAGGAAGGAAGGAAGGAAGGAAGCUGAGAAGCUUCCUGGACUAGUUAAGGCACUGCCAAUUCCUGGCCUGGUGACCUUGGGCACCUCUCAGGGCCUCGUCUGUGAGGUUGGAUAAUAGCGAGACUCACUGUGUAACGUGGGUUUGAGGGUCCUGGUAAUGGCAAAGACCUACGUAGUGCUCACUGCGUUCCAGGUACUGCCAUUUUACAGGUGGAGAAACUGAGGCACAAACAGAUUAAAUAACACAGUUGUAAGUGGCAGAACCAGGCUUCAAAUCCAGGCAGUCUGGCUCCAGAGUCCAUUCUCCUAACAUCUAGGCCAGUGGUUCUCAAAGUGUGUUCCAGGGACCCCUGGGGGUGUAUCUCUGAGACCCUGUCUGGCCACCUAUGAGGUCAGAACAGUUUCCACAACCUAAGAUGUUAUUUUCCUUUUUACUCUCUUUCUCAAAUGAGUACAAGGGGAGUUUUCAGAGGGUUCACGACACGACAUCCUUCUGAUGGCUGGUGUGUGUGCUUUCAUACUGUGUUUUAAAAAUCUCUCACUUUUAAUUUCGAUACAUAUAUCAAUAGCUAAAAUCCACAGAAAUGAAAACUCUUUGGGGUCCUCCGUAAUGUUAGGAAUGACAGGUGUCCUAAGACCAAAAGGUGUGCCUUUGGCUCUCGAGGUUGCGCUGCCUUAAAGGUGGUCUCAUCCAGCAUGGAUGUGGUAAAUGGUUGGGGAGAGUUGGGGCCCGUCCUGGGGAACUGCGGCUCUAUGUGGGGCUCUCCCACUGGGUGUGUGGUGGGCACGUCUGGACCUCCUGGGGCCCUCGCGGAUGGCACUGCUGAUGGUGCCGUUUGUGUGCGGCCAGCCAGCUGCCCACCCUGGAGCUUCCAUCCUCAGUCCAGGGGUGUCUCUGUGCUCAGCCCUGACUGUGGGAAGGAGCAGACACCCUUCUGUGGCAGAUCCCACUCUGGGUGGAGCCAGGAUGGGUGCCGUUGAGGCCCAGCAAGUUUGGGCUGUGUUGGAGGCCUCAGUAACAAAUCAGUGACUUCUGUGGUGUUGGAUCCUUUUGCCAGCAUUGUUCUAGGCCAGGCCUCACGCUGGCCAGAGCUUUGCCUGUGUCGACUGUGGCACGAACCCAUUUUACAGAUGAGGAGGCUGAGGCUCAGGGUGGGUCCACCGUGCAGGGCCCCACAAUGGCAAGUGGCAGGGCCCAGGACUCAGAUGAGGUGAGUCUGAUCGAGUCCAGGCCCCUGAUGUUCCAGGUCUUCAGAAUGUUUCUCCGUUCCUCCUGUGUGUCCAACUCGUGGUGGACUCACUGGGUUUGCAGUGUAAUAGGGUGGGCCUCCCCAUUUCUGCUCCUUCCCCAGGCCCCUGCAGUCUGCCGUGCCUCUGACCCAACCUUUAGCCCAAGGGUUUUGGGAGCAGCAGAGUGAGGUGUAGACAGAGUGCAGAAUUUUGACUCUGCCAUUUGUAACCUUUCUGAUCCCCACCUGCCAGUGGGACGGUGCUGCCCCCUCGCAGGAGUAGGAGAGACAGCACGUGUAAAACUCACGCUGCGAUGCUCAGUAACCAGUGGCCUCCGUUUCACAUGACUAGCAGCGAGCUGUCGUCUUUCUCAGAAUCUGGCCCCGGAUCAGCUGCAUCGGCGUCUCUGGGAGAGCUUCUGGAUUUCUGGGCCCGACUCUGGCCUACGACACAGGGCUCUGAGGGUGGGGCUGGGGCACCUGCAUUCUCAGCAAGUGUCCCCCCAGGUUUAGGUGCCCAUCGAAGCUUGGCAUUCCUUGUCUUGGAGGUUGGGGGGCGACAUUCAGCCCUCAGUAGGUAAAAGAAAGUGGGGGUGACCCUGUUUGGGUAGCUCUUUAUCAGUAGGGUGACCAUGGAAUUUGUUGUCUAAACCGGGACACUUUUUAUUUUAUUUUUUUUGGCCAUGCCGUGCGGUAGGUGGGAUCUUUGUUCCCCAACCAGAGAUUGAACUCACACCCCCAGCAGUGGAAGCGAGGAGUCUUAACCACUGGACCACCAGGGAAGUCCUGGGACACUUUUGAGCGUGAAAAGGGGCACCUUUUAUAGCUACACCGGGACAUGAGGGGUAAACCCGGACCCUCCUGACAAAUGGGGUCGUGUGGUCUCUGUUUAUUGGUUUCUCCUUUAUCUUUCUGCCGCCCUGGGAGAUGCCUUCCCUUACUAGUCCAGACGAGGAAGCAGGCCUGGAGCUCACCUCUGGCUGCACAGUCAUAACCCUGGGCCUCGAUUCCACGGUGGCCCCUCGGCCCAGUCGUCACUCCCGCUGAGCCCUGGCGCCAGGGGUGGGGGCUCCGGGUUUCUGUAGUGUUGGCAUCUUCGGAAGAUUGACAGAGCCUCUGUGAUGAGAAAUGAGGACUAUAAGACACACAUCUAGAAAAGAUAAAAGCAUGAAAGGAGAAGAUCCUGUCAGUAGAAGGGAAGCGAGUCCUGGUGCUUCCUCUUCUCGCCGGGGCUCCAUCCUGGGGCCUGCUUGUGACCCCUGUGUCACACAGACAUCAAUCGAUGUUCCUCUGGGCAGAGCGACAGGGAGAGGACUGCUGAAACCAGGUCUUCUGUCAAAGCAGGCGUCCCAUUCAGGGAAAGAUGGAGACCCUGAAAGACAAGACCCUGGAGGAGCUGGAGGAGAUGCAGAAUGACCCGGCGGCCAUCGAGCGGCUGGCCCAAGACUUCCCUGAGGUCCAGGACCUGCAGCUGGAGCGGGAAAUGGCACUGGCCACCAACCGGAGCCUGGCCGAGCAGAACCUGGAGUUCCAGGGUCCGCUGGAGAUCAGCCGCUCGAACCUCUCGGACAAGUACCAGGAGCUCCGGAAGCUGGUGGAGCGGUGCCAGGAGCAGAGGGCAAAGCUGGAGAAAUUUUCUUCAGCACUGCAGCUAGGGGCCUUGCUGGACCUUCUGCAGGUAGAAAGCAUGAAGAUUGAAGAAGAGUCUGAGGCCAUGGCUGAGAAGUUCCUGGAGGGCGAGGUGCCCUUGGACACGUUUCUGGAGGACUUCUCCUCCAUGAGGAUGCUGUCCCAUCUGCGCCGGGUUCGCGUGGAGAAGCUCCAGGAUGUGAUGAGGAAGCCCAGGGCCUCCCUGGAGCUGGCUGGGGACGCCCCUCCUCCCCGCCCACCUCCCCCGUCUCUCCCGGGCCCCCAGGCGACGCCCCCUGUCGCUGAAGAUCAGCAGGCUCCGGAGGCCCCUCCCUACCCGUUGCCCUACAGCCCCUCUCCAGGCUUGCCCGUGGGCCCCACCGCCCAAGGGGCGCUCCCGCCGGCCCCGUUCCCUGUGGUGUCCCAGCCCUCUUUUUCCUACAGCAGGCCUUUGGGUCCCCCGUACCCAUCAGCCCAGCCAGGACCCAGGGCUGCCGCGGGCUACUCCUGGUCCCCACAGAGGAGCACGCCGCCCCGGCCGGCCUAUCCCGUGGCCCCCACUUGUGCCUCCGGCCCUGGGUACCCCGUGGCGGGGGGCCGGGUCCCCGGUCCUGGUUAUCCUCAACAGCCCCCCUACCUCUCAACAGGAGGAAAACCUCCGUACCCCACGCAGCCCCAGCCCUCAGGCCCCCUUCAGUCGCCCUAUCCCCCUGGGCCUGCCCCUCCCUAUGGGUUUCCACUGCCUCAGGGUCCUGCCUGGCCUGGGUAUUAGGGGCGGUCCUGGCCCUUGGCCCUUCCCUACUUCCACCUGUACCACAACCUUUGGCCGCCCCCCGCCGAGAUUCGAGGGUCAACUGGAAGUGGAGUUGGCUCCCCGUGGACUUGUGUCAUGCGUGGGGGCCUGGAGGGACUUGGCUGGGAGCACACAGGCCUGGCAAGGCCCCGGGCAGUGUGACUGGCUUGGCUGUGCCGGACGGCCCCAGUGCUUGCUGGCCUCCUGGGGGAAGGGCGCGCCUGCUUUCGGUGGCUGCCUUUGGCUUUCCUGGUUCUCACCAGGCAGGGCGUUCGGUCCUCUCUGUGGGCUGCUCACCCCCUCCCUCUCCUCUGGGAUUUGGCACGUUCGACCGAGGUACCCACGCUAAGGGAUGCAGCUCUCUGUGCGUCUUGGGUCCAUUCAAGGAUGGCCUGCCCCACGCACCAUGGCAGGGUUGGAUCAGGGAGAGAGAACAGAGUUAGGAAAAACACUUAAUGAUUUCUAAGUCACGCAAAACCAUAAUUGAACUCCGACAGGCUGA